AUGUCUAAAUUCAAAGUACCUGAUACUCCUCUAUCUUCCACUGCGACCAAUAGGUUAGCUGAUUAUAGGAGGAAGAGACAAGGUGGCUUACACCACCAACAACAACCAACGGCAUCCACUUCAAACUCAUUCAACGAAUUCAAGAAACGCGCUAAUAGAGAUGAUAACGAUAAUUAUUCUAGGAAAUAUUCAAAGCCAUCUUAUACACCCAGUCGUACACCACUCCCUUCUUACUCUUGGGAUUCAACACCUAGCCACUUCGCUCACUCAAAAGAAUAUCAAGAAGAGCAACUGAGAUUGGAUAGAGAUUGGUAUUCUCAUUUGGGUGAAGAAGGUGGCGUCACUGGCGACUCUGAACACAAUCCCUUCUCUCAAUACGACGAUCUAGACACCUCCACUCAAACUACCCGCAAACAACGUUUAUCCGCUAAACAGCACCAAUUCAACAAAGACAACGACGCUUGGGAGACUAACAGAUUGGUUCAGUCUGGCUUACAAUCUCGUCCUGACCUCGAUUUCGACUUUGAUGAUGAAAAUCAAUCAAAAGUACACGUCCUCGUACACGACCUCAAACCUCCCUUCUUAGACGGUAGAAUGGUGUUUACUAAACAGUUAGACCCUAUAAACCCUCUCAAAGAUCCAUCCUCCGAUUUAGCAGUCUUUGCACGCAAAGGUAGUUCUCUCGUACGCCAGAAACGCGCUCAAGCUGAAAGACAGCGUGCUGCUGCUGAAGUUGCUCAAGUCGGCGGCACUCAACUCGGUAACAUCAUCGGUGUCAAGUCUGACUCUGAAAAAGAACAAGAAGAGAAAGCAAAUGACGAUAGUAAAGAUAAAAACACCUCGCAGUUUGCCGAUCACAUCAAAUCUCAAUCCUCCUUCAGCGGCAGUAAAUCUAUCUCCCAACAACGCCAAUAUCUCCCUUCUUUUGCUUGCAGAGAGGAACUUAUGAACACUAUCCGCGAAAAUCAGAUCACUAUCGUCAUUGGUGAAACUGGUAGUGGUAAGACUACCCAGCUGACGCAAUUUCUAAUGGAAGAUGGCUACGGUGGUGAUGGUUUGAUUGGUUGUACCCAGCCACGUCGUGUAGCCGCGAUGAGUGUCGCCAAGAGAGUUAGUGAGGAAGUCGGCUGUGAGCUGGGUGAUAAGGUCGGAUAUGCUAUUCGUUUUGAAGAUUGCACUUCUCCUGGUACACAGAUCAAGUACAUGACAGACGGUGUUCUCCUCAGGGAGAGUUUGAAUGAGGGUGAUUUAGACAAAUAUAGCGUAAUUAUUUUGGAUGAGGCUCACGAGCGUAGUUUGUCCACUGACAUAUUGAUGGGUUUACUUCGCAAGAUUGUCACCAGAAGGAGGGAUCUCAAGCUCAUAGUCACCUCCGCCACCAUGAACGCAAUUAAAUUUUCUUCCUUUUACGGCGACGCUCCAUGCUAUACCAUUCCGGGACGUACUUUCCCCGUCGAGACCUUUUUUUCCAAGACGCCUAUAGAUGAUUACGUCGAUGGCGCCGUCAAGCAAGCGCUGCAGAUCCAUCUGACUCUCCCACCCGGUGACAUACUAAUUUUCAUGACGGGUCAGGAGGAUAUCGAGACGACGUGCGCGGUGAUUACUGAGCGUCUCGCCCAGCUAGACAACCCCGAUCCACUGCUAGUGUUGCCAAUAUAUUCGCAGAUGCCAGCAGACCUACAGUCAAAGAUAUUCGAGCGGGCGAAUGAACGUAAGUGCAUUGUCGCUACCAACAUUGCCGAGACCUCUCUCACCGUCGAUGGGAUCAUGUAUGUCGUUGACAGCGGAUACUCCAAGUUGAAAGUUUAUAAUCCGCGCGUAGGUAUGGAUGCGUUGCAGAUAACGCCCGUUUCGCAAGCCAAUGCAAAUCAGCGCAUGGGGAGAGCUGGUCGCACAGGGUCUGGGUACUGCUACAGACUGUAUACCGAGUCAGCCUUCCGCAACGAGAUGUUCGAUAGCGCUAUACCCGAGAUUCAGCGCACUAACCUUAGCAACACCGUUCUUCUUCUUAAGUCGCUUGGCGUCGCCAGUCUGCUUGACUUCGAUUUCAUGGAUCCGCCACCUCAGGAGAACUUGAUACAGAGUCAGUAUGAAUUGUGGACGCUCAGCGCACUGGACAACACUGGACAGCUCACUCCACUCGGACGUAAGCUAUCCGACUUCCCAAUGUCGCCAUCGCUCGCCAAGAUACUAGUGAUUAGCGUCGAGUAUGGGUGUUCACAAGAGGUGCUUACGAUAGUGUCAAUGUUGUCCGUCCCUAGUGUUUUCUACCGCCCAAAGGAGCGUGCGGAAGAGAGUGACGGAGCGCGCGAGAAGUUUUUCGUUCCCGAAUCUGACCAUCUCACACUCCUACACGUGUAUGCGCAAUGGGUAGCUAACGGACACAGCGAUGCGUGGAGUACGCGUCACUGGCUACACGGGCGCAUACUCAAGAAAGCACAGGAAGUGCGUGCGCAGUUAGAGGACAUCAUGAAGACGCAGCGUUUACCCAUUGUGUCGUGCGGGGUAGACUGGGAUGUGAUACGCAAGUGCAUCACCGCUGGCUACUUCCAUCAGGCCGUUCGGGUUAAAGGCAUAGGUGAAUAUCAGAAUAUUCGCUCAGCUAUGCCGUGUCACCUCCAUCCCACCAGUGCGCUAUACGGUCUCGGUUAUACUCCCGACUACUGCAUCUACCAUGAACUAGUACAGACUAGCAAGAGUUACAUGCAGUGCGUUUCCGCUGUCGACCCUUACUGGCUCGCUGAACUCGGUGGUGUUUUCUAUAGCGUCAAGGAGAAAGACGCGGCAGGUGGUAGUUCGAGUGGGACUAUGGGUGACGAUAAGAGAGUCACCAAUAGAGAGUUCUCCCGCAAGGCUGAACUUGAGCUGCAGAUGUCCGUCGAUAGAUCUAGAAGCGAAAAGGCGAAGACUGAAAAGAGAACUGUUGCGGCUACCCCUAGAUCCUCCAUCGCUACCCCUGGUUCAAGUAGUAGGCGCGGUUUCGGCAAGACACCCAGACAAAAAGGUAGACUUGUAUAG